AUGGGUAAAGGAACGGACAAGUUAUAUAUCACCCAUUCCGAGUGGUCAUCCGCCGAUGCCUACGGCGCCAGUGUCGGCGCAAAUGCAGGAUCACGCGCGCAACGAACUGGAGCGCAUGCGAGCUUCAAGCGCCUUCCCUUCAACUUUUGCGCCGCCAGUCUCCAACCCUUCAAGAACCCAGUUUGCACCGCCGACGGCACCAUCUUCGACGUCGAAGUCAUCAGCGCCUGGCUCGAAAAGAAAGGAACGAACCCCGUCGACGGCAAACCACUCUCCGCCAAGGACCUGAUCAAGCUCAACUUUGCGCGCAACGCCGACACCAACGACAGCAACGAUCGCAAUGGCAUCCCCACCGACGGCAAAGGCGACUUCAUCGACCCCGUCACCUUCAAGGUCUUCACCGACAACACCCACAUCGUUGCGAUCCGCCACGGCAAUUACGCCAACGUUUUUGCGUGGGAAACCGUCGAGCGGAUGAACAUCAAGCCCAAAAUGUGGCGCGACCUCGUCGACGACGCCGAGUUCGGUCGCAAAGACAUCAUCACCUUGCAAGACCCCCAAAACGCCGCCAGCCGUGAUCUCAGCCAGUUUAAACAUAUUCAAGACGGCGAGGAAGCCGCACUCACACCAGAACAAGCCGAAACCCGCAAGGAAAGCGGCAUCAACAUCGACGCCCUGGGAAGAAUAGGGGAUAAAGUCCUCCGCGCAAAAGAAGCCGUCGCCCGCGCCCGUGAGGCUCGCCAGUCGGCAUCAGACAUCAACCAAUCCGCCUCCUCCAAAACCCUCACCAAAUCUUCUUCCUCCACCACCACCCCGCGCCAAUCCCUCAUCCAAGAAAAUCAAAAACCCUCCAACUCGGCAAUCUACACCACCGGUGCCGCCGCCGCCUCCUUCACCUCCACCGGCCUCACCCCUUCCACUUCCGGCUCGCUAGCCCUCCUCUCAGAAGAAGAAUACCUCCUCAAACCCCGCCGCCUCUCCAACAGUAAACACCCCGCCUACGUCCGCAUUUCCACCACCUUGGGGGACCUAACCCUAGAACUCCUCCCCGAAUUCGCCCCCAAAGCCGUCUGGAACUUUUUGCGCUUAUCCCAGAAAGGAUACUACAAUAACACACUUUUUCAUAGAAACAUCAAAAAUUUCAUGAUCCAAGGUGGUGAUCCCACUGGUACGGGGAGAGGUGGGACGAGUAUAUGGAAGAAGACGUUUAAUGACGAGCUGGAGGGUCCGUUGAAGCAUGAUAAACGCGGGGUGGUGAGCAUGGCAAAUAAGGGGAAGAACACGAACAGCAGUCAGUUUUUUAUCACCUAUCGGGAGGCGAGGCAUUUGGACAGGAAGCACACCGUUUUUGGGAGGGUGGUUGAUUCGGAGGGGACACUAGCAAAAAUGGAGGGGGCGAGGGUGGCGGGGGAUAGUAGGCCUUUGGAGGAUAUCAAGAUCAAGGAGGUGGUGGUAUUGGGAGAAGGGGAGAAGGAGAGGGAGGAGGAGAAGAAGAAGGAGGUGGAGAGGAAGGGGGGGACGGAGGAUGAUAGGACUACUUGGACGGGGAAGAGGUUGAGGGGGGGAGGAGGGGGGUGGGAAGGGGGGGUGGGCAAGUAUUUGAAGGAGGUGAAGGGACAGAGACAAGAGGGGGAGGGGGAAGGGGAGACGGAUACUUGGGAGGAACCGGUGAAGAAGAAGACGAGGGUGCGGGGAGGGGGGUUUGGGAAUUUUGAUGGGUGGUGA